AUGAGUGAGCCAGCACCACCUUUUAAAGUUGUAGCCCAGUUCCCUUAUCAAUCAGGAUAUGAGGAUGAUCUGAAUUUUGAAAAAGACCAAGUUAUCACGGUCACUUCCAUCGAAGACGACGAAUGGUAUUAUGGUGAGUAUAAUGAUGGAACUCAUGUAUUGGAAGGUAUUUUUCCCAAAAGUUUCGUUGCAGUAGCUUUGGAAAAAGAACCUACCCAAAAACAACUACCAACUGUGCAACCUGUAGAACCUGAACAUGUGUUGUCCAAAUCUCUUCCUCAAGAAGAUGUUAUUACUGACAUUCCGCCUGUCCCACAUACUGUUUCUAACGACCAAUCUCCAGUAAAGAACAAAUUGGCUAGGAAGCCAUCCUUACCCAAGGAAUUUGUUCCAACUAACAACGAGGAACAUCCGAUCGUUAAACAAGACCACGCUGAAGAAGAUUUACCAAAGAUGAGCUUGAAAGAAAGAAUUGCUUUGUUACAAGAACAACAGAGGCUACAAGCUCAACAGGAUGAAGAAAAAGCCAAACAACAGCAGCAUCAUCAUCAUGAGAAAGCACAACGUAGACAGUCUGCAGAGGUGUUCUCAAGCAUGGAGGAAAAUCACUCUAUUGAUCAUGCAUCUGCUCAUGAGAGCAUAAAUGAACCUAUUCAAGAAAGUAAUGAGAUUGACGAACUUUUAAAUGAUAGUGAAGGAAAGAGAGAAGAUGAAGUUGACCAUGACUCUAUCAGUAUCAAGAAGACAAACGUAGAAAGUCUCUCAAUUAAUCAAGAAAAUAGAGAGCAAGAAGCUCAAAAUGAUAAUGCCCACGAAAAUAGCAGUUCGGCAGAUGAAAAUGACGAAGAAAGUGAAGAAGAAGACACCGAAGAAACACGUCGAACUGCUUUGAGAGACAGAAUGGCUAAGCUAUCAGGUGCUGGUAGAUUCGGUACCGCUGUCGGAUUCAACCCGUUUGGUGCGCCAGCGGCAGCUGCAGGUGAUACUACUGGGACAAAAAAGAAAAAGAAAAAAGAACCUAAAAUUAAUGAGGCAUCAGAAUCAGAAAGAGAAAAUUUACCACAAGCCAUCCCAAUUAUGCCUUUCGCAGAUCCAAAUGCCCUUUCUUUUUUGAACCAAAAAUUAACUGACGAGAAAAAUGAAGAAAUAGAAAGUCCUCCUGUCCCUGAGGAAGGAGAAUCGGACAAAAAAAAAUCAGAUCCCACAGUUUCACUGGAAGAGGAAACUGCUAAAUCCCAUGCCUACCACAAAUUCGUAAAACCAUCGUCAAUUUCUUCAGCAACGAAAAGCAUUGAAGCAGAAGAAAAUGAGGGAGAUUUCUAUGAUACUGAAUCAACAAUCCCGAAUCCUAACAUUCCAAAGGAAGAACCUCAUGUGUUAAAUGCUAAGAAAGAAGUAGAAGCCUCGGACCACAAAUUGACCGAGAGCCACACAGAUUUGCCUGACUCAAAGUCCAGAUUUAACCCGGCUUCACCCGAUGUUCCAAUUCUACCUCAUCCGCAAAAAACACUGGAUCCAACGCGUAGUAUUCCUGAAGAAGAAAUCGAUACCACAGUAGACAUGCCUCCCUCAGCUCCACCUCCUCCUCGCAAAACUUCUAUCGAUGAAGAACGAGACGAUACUAUGGCUAUCCCACCUCUUCCAGUCCGGAAUUAUGAGGACCAAAGUAUCAUGGCUAACAUUAUUCAACCCCAUGCCUCUACUUUGCCUUCUCUAUCUGUUGAAACACCACAUGUACCUCCGAUCCCAUCUGCCCCAUUUCCGCCAUUAUUAGGUGCGCAGCAAGGUGAUGAGGUAGCACAGCCUCCGUUGCCAAGAGCUCCACCACCUCCACCUUCUCUCCCUGAAUUCACGAAUCGUUACUCGACAGCUUUUCCUCUACCGGUAGAAGAUGCUGACGAUGUUACAGAUAAGUUUUCAACUCCACCAGAUAUUUCUAUUCCGCCUCCACCUCUUCCUCCAUCUACUUCAAAAGCAAUGCCUCCACCACCACCAAUCCCAUCAGUACCUGCAGCUGAGCCACGUCAUGAUGUAAACACAUCAUCGAUUGGCACUCAUAAAGACAAUGAACAAAAUAAGUCGAUUCACACUAUAGAAACACAAACUGAACCCUUUCCCAGUAUUAUGAGAAGGUCGACAACUACAGCUACAGAAUUUAAGGGAUCUUCCUCAAAUAUGGAGAUUCCGUUUGACGCACAAGCCACAUGGUGGUAUGAGAAACAAGCUCCUCCAGAUUUGAAAUACAAACACAUCUUUGAAAUUGAUGACAAUGUUAUACAUAAGAGAUCUAAUGAAACAUGGAUAGUCAGAGACUAUUAUAUUUUAUUUGAAGAUUAUUCGCAAUUACAAAUUUCUUUAAUAUUCAAUAAGAGCUCACCGCAUGAAUCGGUCAUAUGUCAACAAAAUUUUAAAGAAAGUACUAAUUCCAAUAUUACAGAUGCCGAUUUAGAGAACUUUUCUAAAAGAUUCAAUGGUAUCAUUGCACAAAAGGCGCAUUCAAAGAUAGGAUCGCAAACCCAAGGAAUGUCGGGCAAAUUUGUCAGUUUAAUCUUUAGAGAUAUUGCAAAGGAAAGUGGCAUUCUUCCCCCUAUCGCAUCGAGGACCUUCGGUGUUUCAAUUCUUGAUUAUAAAGCAGAUGGUUCUACCUCCAUUGAUGGUAAUUUAUUAAAGAAAAUAAGAUCAGGUGACAUUCUUGUGGUUAGAAAGGGUCGAUUUGAAAGCCAUAAUAAAUUAGGAAUGAAAGAUGUCAUCUCUGUUGGUAUGGAUGUUCCCCAUUCAUCUAUAAUCACAGAAUAUGAUUUUACUAAAGGUAAAUUCAGAGUUAUCGAGGAACAUGCCGGUAAAAUCGUACAGGCUAGUUACAAGGUUGAUCAUAUGAAAUCAGGUAAACUAAAGGUUUUCAGAGCCGUACCAAGAAAAUAUAUAGGAUGGUAA